AUGGAAGGAUAUGCGCCUCAAGGCGAUGAGGUGAAGAAGGAGGGGAAGGAAGAGAAAGCCGCCAAAGCCAAAGCGGCAGAGGGCAAGAAGCCUGCAGCAAAGAAGGAAGCCAAGCAAGCUGCACCAAAGAAGGAGGCAGCUUCCAAGCAGCAGUCCAAGGGUGGCGGCUUGGUCGUAAAGAAGGCAGAAAGCGUUCCCGACUGGUACGCGGAGGUCAUCGGCAAGGGGCAGCUGAUUGAAAAGUACCCAGUCAAAGGCUGCUUCAUUCUCCGCCCGUGGGCUUACAAGUUGUGGGAGCAGAUACAGGGGUGGCUGGACACACAAAUCAAGAUCCUGGGAGUCGAGAACUGCUACUUCCCCAUGUUCAUUCCGAAGUGUUACAUGGAGAAGGAGAGUGACCACUUGGAUGACUUUGCACCGGAGCUGGCGAUGGUCACCAAGUUCGGCAAUGAGGAAAUUGACGAGCCGGUUGCGAUUAGGCCGACGAGCGAGACCGCCAUGUACGCGGCAUUUUCGAGCUGGGUGCAGUCACACAGGGAUUUGCCCCUCAAGCUAAACCAGUGGUGCAGUGUCGUCCGAUGGGAAGUUAAGCAGACUACCCCGUUUCUGCGAACACGUGAGUUCUUAUGGCAAGAGGGCCACACUGCGUAUGCAGAGAAGGCCGAUGCAGAGAAGGAGGUCUUGGAUAUCUUAGAACUCUAUGCUCGUGUCUACGAGGAGCUUUUGGCCAUCCCCGUAGUGCGCGGGACGAAAACGAAGGCUGAGACCUUCCCCGGCGCUGACUACACAACGACGGUAGAGGCGUUUAUUCCAGCCACGGGCCGUGCAAUCCAGGGCGCGACCUCACACCACUUAGGCCAGAACUUCUCGAAGAUGUUCAACAUCCAAUUUCAGGAUCCGAAGGAUCCCACAGGCGCUGCGAUUGAGUAUGCGUACCAAAACUCCUGGGGCCUCACCCAGCGAACCAUCGGAGUGAUGGUGAUGGUUCAUGGCGACGACAAAGGGCUCGUGCUUCCACCGAACGUGGCUGGAUACCAGGUCGUCAUUGUGCCGCUGGGUAUCAAGGCCAGCAGCACAGAGGAGGACAAGAAGUCCUUGGCUGAGGUCUCUCAGGCUUACACCAGGAGGCUGAGGGCGGCCGGAGUUCGCGUGUUCCUAGAUGACGAUAACACCAAUUCACCUGGAUGGAAGUUCAACAACUGGGAGAUGAAGGGGGUGCCUUUGAGGAUGGAGUUGGGCCCGCUCGACAUUCAGAAAGGUGAGUUCGUGCUGGCAAAAAGAAACAUUCUGGAUCAAAAGGCAGGUAAGGUUAUCGGCAAGCACGACUCCCUCGAAGAUGAUGUGAAGAGAACACUGGAUGAGAUACACAACGAGCUUUAUUCCAAAGCCCUGGCCGAACGGGAUAGCCGUUUGGCAACAAUUACCGAGUGGAAGGACUUCAGUCCGAAUUUGAAUGAAGGCAAGAUGGUCAUGGUACCUUUCUGUGGCGUAAAGGAGUGUGAGGAACGAAUGAAGGACAAGUCCAAGGAGGAGGCACAAUUUGACGGGGGAGUCGCGUUUCAAAGCAAGCCACUUUCGAAACUACUCGAGGCAGCAGAAGUUGAGGUGGCUGGCGGUCUGAAGAUGGGCGCCAAGAGUUUGGUUCUCUCGUACUUGAGCCUCAUAAGCAUUGCGCAGACUUCCCAGCCAUCGUCACAGUGUGCCGAUGGAACCUGCCCGAAGGGGCGCAAGGAUUCAGGUGUCUUGCUGAUGCAGCUGAAGCCGAAGCUGCGACGCGCCGAGAGCAACACGACACACCAGGAGGACAAGUGGCCGAGCUGCUGCGCUCGGUGUGGUAGUCGUGGCUGGUGCUCUCCUUUGAGUGGGAAGUGCCACGAGUUGCAGAACAAGCUUUACUAUCAGGCUUGCGAAGCGCUUCCAGCAGAUGCGGUGAAGGUUGGGGCAUUGGACUGGUCCGAUGAGUUUGAAGGUGCCGAGAUCGACAGCGCGAGCUGGGUUCUGCUUGAAGCGGAGGGGGGAGUUCCAUCUAUGAAGUACACCAGCCGAAGGGACAAUGCUUUCGUGCAAAACGGCUCAUUGAAGAUCGUGGCGAAGUGCGAGGAUAUGGGCCGCUGGAACUACUCCUCUGCCAGGCUGACCACCGACAGACUUCGUGAAUGGGGCCCGGGUCAUCGCAUCGAGCUGCGGGCUCGUGCCCCAGCUGGCCGCGGUGCUUGGCCUGCUGUGUGGAUGCUCCCAUCCCAAGGUCAUCAUGGAACAGAACAUGGUGGUGAAAUUGGCAUUAUGGAAACCACGGGCUGCAUCAGCGACAAGGUGCAGGCUGCAGUGCAAACGGGUGCUUUCAAUGCUGGCAACAAGUUGCAGAAGGGACAUCACUUCUACACCACUGUCUCCAACUGGCAUGUCUACACCCUCGAUUGGUUACCUGGCAGGCUGAAGUGGUAUGUCGACGGCGUGAGUUUCUUCAGCUUCACGCCGGACAGUUUUAGCGGCGCGGAGUGGCCUUUCAACAAGAACUUCUUCCUGAAUCUUGAUGUCGCGGUCGCAGGCCCAUGGGCCGGCUUCUGCCUGGAUGGCCAGUUGCCAUCAUGUACAAAGAAGGAGGAGUUUGGCCGGGACCAGGUACUCGAGGUCGACUAUGUCCGUGUCUACAGGUUGGACGAGGUACAUGAUGGUUAG